AGUAAAAUUUUGGCUUUUUUGUUCAAAUUUAAGUAAAUAUAAAAUGAUAUGUGUCUAAAUUUCAGCUGAGUGUAAGUGUGAUUAAUAAACGUAACAAUGAAGCUCCAGAUCCUACUAUGUUUGGUGUCCGCUGCUGUUAUGGUGUCCGCCCGUCCCGAGCAAUACACAAACAAGUUUGACAACGUCAACCUGGACGAAAUUCUCAGCAACCGACGCCUUCUUAUGCCUUACCUCAAAUGUAUCACUGAUGAAGGAAAAUGUACUCCAGAUGCAAAGGAACUAAAAAUACAUAUCAAGGAGGCGCUUCAAGAAGACUGUGCCAAGUGCACGGAAUUCCAAAAGAAUAACUCUAACAGAGUAAUGGCCAAGGUGAUAAAUGAAGAGCCAGCUUACUGGGACAAGAUAAAGGCUAAAUACGACCCAAAGAAUGCCUUCUCUUCUAAAUACGAAAAGGAGUUGAAGAAAAAUUAAUUUAAUCACUAAAUUAUUGUAUUAAUAACGGCAUAGAAAUUAUGUUCCUUAUAACUUAUUUUAAAUGUAAUCAGUUCGAGUUUACAACCAAAUAUUAUCACUAAAUUAGCAAAUUAAUUUUUUUCGUAAUAAACUUUCAGACAUA